AUGAUUUCGCGACAAAUUCUUUUCGUUCGACCUUAUAUAUCAAAUCAAUUAUCAGUAUUUCGAAAUGUUCAUAUCAGUAAGCCAUUGUGUCAAUCGAAGAAUCGAGCAUUUACAUUGACAAAACGAAAUAAAAAAGACAAAGUCGACAGUGGUGCUUUUAUUUUGCUCAUAAUUCCAGUGAGUGCAUUUGCAUUGGGCUGUUGGCAAGUUAGUCGUCGAACAUGGAAAAUCAAUUUGAUUGAAAAAUUGAAAUCGCGUACACAAGCUGAACCAAUAUCAUUACUUGAGAACUUAGAUAUUUUACCAGAUUUGGAAUACUAUCCAGUUCGUGUUCGAGGCACAUUUGAUCACUCACGAGAAAUUCUUAUUCAACCCCGUUCACGUCUUGAUUUCGCCGACUUUGAAAAACAAUCUGCUGCACGACCAUUAGUAACAACUGGUGCACAUGUUAUCACACCAUUUAGAGUGGCAAACCGAAAUUUUGACAUUCUUGUCAAUCGUGGUUUUGUUCCAUUUGAAUUACGAGAUCCGUCUACUCGAAGAGUAGGACAGAUUGAAGAUGAACAUGAAAUCAUUGGAUUACUGCGAUCAACAGAUACUUUGAAUGCAGUAUGGAGUAAAAAUGAACCAGAAAAUAAUGUUUGGCGUACGCGCGAUGUCGCCGAAAUGGCAGCGGCUAUUAAAACAGCACCCAUUUUUAUUGACGAAAUUAAAAGUACGUCUGUUCCUGGUGGUCCAAUCGGUGGUCAAACAAAUGUUCAGCUGCGCAACGAACAUCUUUCCUAUAUCGUUACAUGGUUUUCACUGUCAGCCUUGACUACUGUGAUGUGGCUUCGUAAAUACGUAUUUUAA